AUGGCAGACUCUCACAUAGUUCAGAUAUGGAACCAACACGUCUUACUCAGUGAGCACACAUGGCGAGUUCUGCGAACAUCAUACCGCGAAAAUUACCAGUGGCAGUCUAUUGACAUUGCGCUUACCAACAUUCAUGGCGUAUGCACGGUGGGAGGGGCCAGCCUUUCCAGGAGCACCAACGACCUACGUGUUGUCGUUGUUCAUCAGGACAAAUCGAGGCAACUCGAGGCAGAAUCCUUUGGCGCAGCAGACGCUUACGAAUUCUUCGUGCAGACUCUCUUAGCGCCGGCGGCACGAGGUCAAGAGCGAUUAAUCAAACUAGUCGUCCCACUAGCAAAGGGAUACAUAGUGCGGUCGGACAUUAUCAAUAUACGUCUUCACGAUUGUUUGCUUGUUGAGCAAAUCAGAUCCUUUACAAAACCACUACAACGCUACGAAAGUGAAGCCGCCCCUAUUGUAAUCCUUGACAAGGAUGACAUCUCCUUGCCAGCACUAUUUGCUGCAGCUGCAGCCUGCAUACUUGUGCGUCCGGUGCCCCAGGCUGAACAGGAGGCUGUAUCCUGGGAGUUGGAUGAAGAGCUUGAUAAUCGGCUCUCCUUCCCAUGGAUUAUUCCAGAGACGGCCCGUCAGAGAACUCUCGUGCUUGUCGAAGCGAACAGCUCCCACCCGGAAGAUGGACUUGGGCUCUAUACUGCUGCUGCGGCUCUAGGAAUCAGUCUCGUUGUCUUGGAUAGUGCUGGACACUGGCUUGAAAGCCUGAUAACGCCCAUAUACGACCACAUCCUCGCAUCUUUGCGGGCAUACGGUAAGCCUGUGGAUGGCAUCGUCACUUUUGCGGACACCUAUUGGCCUUAUGUUGCCGAGGCCGCCAAUGUUCUGGGUCUGCCAACCGCGUCGCCAGAGGGCUUCAGGAUUGCGACAAACAAGUACCUUACAAGUGUAUUCGCCGGCCACCAAGCCUAUCGUGCAUCGAGUCUCGCUGAAGCUGUCUCGAUAUCUGAGGAGCACGACCUCCCUUAUCCUUUGAUUAUAAAACCAUGUGGGGGGUGGAGUUCUGAAGGGGUGUACCGUGUCGAUUCACGUAGCGCCCUUGAGGAUGCAGUAACCGCGAUUAUCACUUCCCGUCACGGACCCGAGUUCGUCAUUGAGCCCUACUGCGACGGACCCGAGGUCGAUGUCAACCUUGUACUACAGGAUGGAGAGCUGCUGUUCUUCGAGGUGUGCGAUGAUUUACCAAAGUCAGCCGAUGUCAAUGGACCAAGCCUUGGCUCUUUAACCAACUUUCACGAGCUGUGCAGCGUUUAUCCCUCAAAGCUUCCUGAGGCAGAGAUCAAGCUUCUGCGUGACACCUUUCUGGAAAUGCUAUUGUCACUUGGCCUAAGGAGCGGGGUCAUGCACCUGGAGGGACGCAUAGAGAACUCUGUGGUCGAGUAUAUGACGAAGGACGGAGUUAUGGUGCUCUCCCCACGGAGCAGUCACAGUAAUCGUACACCAAGGGCAUGGCUCAUCGAGAUCAACCCUCGCCCUCUAGGGAUGACAGGCUCCCAAAUUAUUGAAUCCACGUACGGAAUCGACUACUGGGGCUUAGCAUUACUUUCCGCCGUGGGUGAUAAGACUCGCGUUCGCGCUCUUGCCCGCCCAUUCCUCAAGGGACCGCAAUACACCAGUGUGAUGGUUUUCAUUCCGGCCGAUUUCCCCUCCUCGUGUAAAGGUAUCUUUGACUCGGAGGACAUUUGUGCGGACCUCAUUGCAAGAAGACCUGAUCUCGAAGCAUUCAUUAGUAAAUGCGGUUGUCUUGUAAAGCGAGGACAACUUGUCCCACAUCCAAGCACUGGACGGAACACCUUUCUAGCUUACUUCAAUGUUUUCUCGCGGAAUAGUCGCGACGAGGCAUUGAAUAUUGCCAAAGAAGUUCGAGAGGCAGUCAGAUAUACUUUUAUUUGA